AUGGUUACGGGUACACAAACUACACACGUCCUAUUUGCCGAGUCAGAGAAAUUCUACUUUCUCGGUCAGUCCGGACAACAAGUCAGCCCAGACGCGCUGCUCGGCAAAGUUAUUUGUUUGCUGUACGGUGCCGCUUGGUCCCCACCCUUCUUGGAGUUCUUAUCUCUCUUCAAACGAUUCUACUCUGAGCUAGAGUCAGACCACGCCCCGCUGCAAGUUAUCUACGUGAGUUUUGACAGAACUAGAGAGGAAAUGAGGGAGCUGGCGAGUCAUUUCCCGACCUCUUGGGUGUCAUUACCCCAUUCGAGCAGUCUCAUAAACUACUUAAAGUUAAAGCACAGUGUGGUGGUAAUACCCAGAUUGGUGGUUGUGAAAGAUAACGGAGAACUCAUCACAGAUAAAGGGGUGAGAGAUGUCAGGAAGAGGGUCAAACGGUGCUUCACGAGCUGGUACAACGCAGCUAAACUAAUCCCAGUCAGCCAGGGGACUGAAACAAACCCAGUAAACCAAGGAGCUGCACUGAACCCAAAUAGCUAG